AUGGCGUCAAGUAACCUUCCAGAUCGUCAGACGCUUUACGUGCUCCAGGACGGCGAGCGUCCUCUCGAAAUAAUAGAAGACACAAAGAUUCCCAAUGCUGCAACCUUUCGAAUCUACAAACAGGAUCAUACACUCGCCAACAUGAUCCGCACUCAACUUUUAGAGGAUAAAAAUGUCAUAUUCGCCGGCUACAAAGUUCCACACCCGUUGGAACCUUACUUCCUACUCAAAGUGCAAACCAAUGGAUCAUUGACACCGACGGAUGUCGUCAACACUGCUUGCGCGUCGAUCAUUGCGACCGUGAGUCAACUUGAGAAACGGUUCGAAGAGCAGUUUAGGGACAAAGAGUUUGAUCUGGGUGCAGUGGACGCGAGUGCGCAACAGCCGUUCUACAGCGAUGCGUACGCCGACUUUUAG